GCACGUGCGUCCUCGACCACCUUAUCUGCGUCUCCCUCGUUCUCCCCCUCCUCACCCUUCGUUGCUCCCGCGACCCCGCGCUCUCCGCCAUUAAUGGAGCUCCGCUUAAUCGAUCCCCCAAACCCUCGUUUACUCUCAUCGUCGUCGUCGUCGUCCCCCUCCUCCUCCCUCUUAACCUUAUGGAGACGCAGAGGGCGUUCACUUCUCCUCCUUGUUAGGGCUCGGAAGCGGCGGAGCCCCCGCUCCAAUGGCCUCGGGGGGGAGCCGAAGAGGGAGCUAUCGCACAUUCUGAGGACGGAGGCCGCCGUGUUGGGCGUGGAGAAGAGGGCCGGAUCCGCCUCUUCCACGCGCCUCUGGCCCCGAGCGGUUCUCGAGGCACUCGAGAGCUCCAUCUCCGAUAACCGAUGGGAAUCCGCACUCGAGAUCUUUGGGCUGCUCCGGAAGCAGCGCUGGUAUCAACCAAAAUCUCGAACUUAUGCGAGACUGUUGACGAUGCUUGGGAAGUGCAGGCAGCCUGAGCAUGCCACCUCGCUUUUCCGAGCUAUGCUUUCGGAAGGUGUUAAACCAACUUUGGAUGUUUACACUUCACUUGUAGGUGCGUAUGGUUUCAGUGGCCUCUUGGAGGAGGCGUUUCUUACCGUUGAUGAAAUGAAAACCAUUUCUGAUUGCAAGCCCGAUGAGUUCACUUUCUCGAUCCUGAUAAACUGCUGUUGCAAAUUGCGUCGCUUUGAUUACAUACCCACACUACUUACUGAAAUGUCUUACUUGGGUCUUGAAUGCAAUGUUGUUACUUACAAUAUUAUGAUAGAUGGAUAUGGUAAAGCUGGAAUGCUUGAAGAUAUGGAGAAUUCUUUGUUUGAUAUGCUCGAGAAUGGACGAUGCUUGCCCGAUAUAUUCACGAUGAACUCUAUUCUCUGGGCUUAUGGAAAUUAUGGAACAACAGCUGAGAUGGAAAAGUGGUACAAUGAGUUUCAGCUAAUGGGUAUUGAACCCGACAUCCAAACAUUCAAUAUCAUGAUUAAGUCCUAUGGAAAAGCCGGCAUGCAUGAAAAAUUGAGGUUGGUUUUGCAGUACAUGAAAAAACGCUUCUUUUCUCCGACUGUUAUAACCUUCAAUAUAAUUAUAGAAUGUUUUGGAAGAGCAGGGAAUAUCAAGGAGAUGGAAUACUAUUUUAGGUUGAUGAAGAUUCAAGGGGUUAAGCCUAAUUCAAUCACUUACUGCUCGCUGGUCAGUGGAUACAGUAAAGCUGGGCUUCUUGAUAGAGUUCCUGCAAUUAUAAGGCAAACGGAGAACACUGAUGUUGUUCUGGACACAGCUUUUUUCAACUGUGUAAUCAAUGCGUAUGGUCAGGCCGGAGAGGUGAAGAUAAUGGGAGAAAUGUUUGAGCUUAUGAAGGAGAAGAAAUGUAAACCUGAUGAUGUUACAUUUGCAACAAUGGUUCAUGCAUAUAAUGCUCAAGGCAUGUAUGAAGCCGUUAAAUUGUUGGGGGAGAAGAUAUGCAGGACAGAAAAGGAAGCUUUGGUAAAAAUUUUCUAAUUCUAACUGACUCAAAUAAAGGAGCUUGAUCGUGCCAAACUAAUCUGUUGACGUUCACAUUAUUACCAUUUUUAAUAGGCACCAGGUUGACAAGAAUCCCAUCACAAACUGGUCUUAUGAAUAAAACUCGUCUUUGCAAGUAUCAACGCUGGCACUAGCACAGAUAUACGGCAAUUUCCUCUGGUACACUCUGUAGAGAUUUCCAGGUGGGAGUGUUAGCAUAUCUGUGAAUUUUUUUUCGCUUUAAGUAAUGUUUGGGCAUCUGAAAUAUAUCAUGCAUGGAUUAUUUCCGUGCGAGAUAUUACAAUAAAGGAAGAUUGAAAAGAGGAUAUCGAGGAAGACGUGCUCAUCCAACAUCUAUUCUUUUGUUGUACGUUUAUUAAAAAUGAAGAUAUUAACCAAGAAGCAGGUGUUGAAAAAAGUGAAUGUUGGAAAUUCUCUCUGAACUUGUUGAAGGCUAGUAAGUCAAUGAAGGAAAAAAAAUUGAUUGCGAGGGAGAACAAGCAGCAGAAACUUAAUUCAGCAGUUCGAUAUAUGUUUUCUCACUCAUUGGCAUUGAUAAGAUUCUUUGUUUUAACAGUACCUUAGGAUGGUAGAGUCUCACGCCCUAAUUGAUGGUUCCAAUCCUCCAGCUCGGCCACCAUGUAAACUUUGCUCUCUCUUAUAAUGUGCAGGUCUUACACCUGUUUGCAUUAAAAGAAAAAUGAUGGUUCCAAUCCGGCAGUCCAAUCAACUUUGAAGUCAAAUGACAAUACGAUCAACAAUUCGUUUGGUGGUCGUCCCUGCACAUUCCUAAGAAACCAAAUGCACUCUUGGAUUCAGAAUAACAGUUCUGUCCGCAGAUUCUAGUUCGACAAGAAUCAUAAUUUGAAUGAUUUACCUUUUUGUAUGUUUUGAUUGCAAUUAGGGGGUGAUGAUGAUGUGUUAAGGGAGAAUGUGGUCAAUGUGUGGCAACUGGCUGCUUUCUUUCUUUCUACAAUUAAUCCUUCUAGGGUUAUUUUCUCCUUGAACUAGAGCAUCAUAAUUUGCACAUAUUCGAGUAGUGUAAUACCCAGCUAUUAAAUUGUUCAAAUCGAUCAUGCUAGAGUUCAACGUGUUCCGUC